GGCAUUUUGCUAGCUGGGAGCAAAAAUUUGAGGAUAUUCACGGACCCAGUCCGACAUCGUCAGUCUACCUACGGCUAGAGUGUCUACCUGGGAGUUGCCUAGGAAGUGGAUAUUUACUUACAUCCCAUCUAACUCUUGACACUCGCUGGCAGUGUGACUCCUUACCGCCAUAUAGCAAAGCUUAGUUGCGGAUCCGAUCUGUCUUUCUCACUCUGCGACAUAUCGACAGUUAGCUAGCUAACUGUCUACUUAUUCUGGACACGGGAGAAAUCUGUACAAAUCCACUAGUUCACUUAGAUCUACUCAAUAUGGGUGCACAGGCUAACUCCCUUCGUGUCCUGCUCAUUGGAAAUGGAGGAAGAGAACAUGCUAUCGCCUGGAAGUUGAGUCAAUCACCCCUUGUCGAAUCUAUAAUAGCAGUGCCCGGUAACGGAGGCACAGCAACAUGCCCCAAAACCACCAACAAUUCUUCAGUAUCUGCCGAAGACUUCCCAGCGCUGUUGGAUCUAGCAAGGAGCAAGAACAUCAACUUUGUCGUCCCUGGUCCUGAGGCUCCUUUGGUCGCUGGUGCCGUAGAUUUCUUCGAAGAUGCCGGCAUCAGGUGCUUCGGUCCCUCAAAGGCCGCCGCUUACAUGGAAGGCAGCAAGACCUUCUCAAAGGACUUCAUGAAAAAACACAAUAUUCCGACUGCUGCUUAUGAAAACUUCUCUGAUUAUGAGAAAGCCCGUCAAUACCUCAACACCAUUUCACAUGACGUUGUCAUCAAGGCUAGCGGCCUUGCUGCCGGCAAAGGUGUCAUCAUCCCUACAACAAAAGAGGAAGCCCACCAAGCGCUUAAAGAUAUCAUGCUGGAUCACGAGUUUGGUUCUGCUGGAGAUGAGGUCGUUAUCGAGGAGUUUCUAACUGGCGAUGAGCUGAGUAUCCUGACUUUUAGCGAUGGGUACACCAUCAAGUCUCUUCCUCCAGCGCAAGAUCACAAGCGAGUUGGCGAAGGUGAUACGGGUCUCAACACGGGAGGUAUGGGUUGCUAUGCGCCAACCAAUAUAGCUACACCAGAGCUUGUAGCGCAAAUCGACCGCGAUAUCAUACAGCCAAGCAUCGACGGCAUGCGCAAGGAUGAGAUACCUUUCAAGGGCGUCCUGUUCACUGGUCUUAUGAUUACCUCUUCAGGGCCUAAAGUUCUGGAGUACAAUGUCCGAUUUGGCGACCCAGAAACUCAGACUGUCUUACCCCUGCUAUCCGACGACACUGAUUUAGCAAAGAUCAUGCUUGCCUGUUCGAAAGGACACCUCGAUAGUGUAUCGAUCAAGAUCAAGAACGAAUUCAGCACAACAGUUGUUGUUGCCGCUGGUGGCUACCCAGAGUCAUAUGCCAAGGGCGACGAGAUGACCGUUCAAAACCCUCCUUCAGGAACCUAUAUCUUCCACGCGGGUACCAAGUUAACGGAUGGCAAGCUCCAGACAGCAGGUGGUCGGGUCAUAGCAGCAACCGCCACGGCUAGCGAAAGCCUGAGAGCCGCCGUGGACAAGGCAUACGAAGGUGUCAAGCUCAUCCAGUUCAAGGACAUGUACUACCGCAAGGACAUCGCACACAGGGCAUUGAAACCCACAGCUGAUACAAAGGAAGCCUUGACAUACGCACAAGCCGGAGUCAGCAUUGACGCGGGAAAUAAACUCGUGGAACGGAUCCGCGCGGCCGUCCGCUCGACGCGGCGUCCCGGCGCCGAUGCUGAGAUCGGCGGUUUUGGCGGCGAAGUCGACCUCUCGAAGGCGGGCUUCUCGAGCGACGCCCCGAUCAUGGUGGGCGCCAUUGACGGUGUGGGAACGAAGCUUAUGAUCGCGCAGGCAACGGCGAACCACAGCACAGUGGGUAUUGAUCUCGUGGCCAUGAACGUCAACGACCUGGUUGUGCAGGGUGCCGAGCCCCUCAUGUUCCUCGACUACUUCGGAUGCAGCCGUCUAGAUGCAGGCGUGGCAGCGCAGUUCGUCGAGAGUGUCGCGAAGGGCUGCCGCGAGGCCCGCUGCGCGCUCGUCGGCGGCGAGACGGCCGAGAUGCCGGGCAUGUACAAGGAAGACGACUACGACGCCGCGGGCGCCGCCAUCGGCGCCAUGCGUCCCGAGAACCGCCUCCCGCGCCUCGACGCCAUGAAACCCGACGACGUGCUCCUCGGCCUCGCGUCCUCAGGCGUGCACUCCAACGGCUUCUCCCUCGUGCGCCGCAUCCUUGCGCGCGAGAACCUGUCAUACUCGGCCCCUGCCCCAUGGCUCUCCUCCUCAUCCACCACAGUCGGCGAGUCCCUCCUAACACCCACAAAGAUCUACGUGCGCUCCGUGCUCAAAGCCCUGCCGCACCUCAAGGGUCUCGCACACAUCACAGGCGGCGGUCUAACAGAGAACGUCCCGCGCAUGCUCCCGCCACACCUCGCCGCCGAGAUCGACGUGGCCACGUGGGAUCUGCCCGCCGUCUUCAAAUGGCUCAAGAAAGCAGGCAACGUCGAAGCCGCCGAGAUGGCGCGCACCUUCAACACCGGCGUCGGCAUGGUCGCUGUCGUGGCCGCCGCCGACGUAGAGCAGGUCACGAGCGCGCUGCGCGACGAGGGCGAGACGGUGUAUACCAUUGGUAAACUCGUGUCGCGCGCACAGGGCGGCGAGGGUUGUGUAUUGAAGGGUUUGGAGUCAUGGUGAGGGGGCUAUAUGAGAAGGAGAAAAAAAAAAGAUACCUAGGAACGAAAUGCGAGGAAAAGGGUUAAACAACCUAAGUUGAAAGUCGUUGAAAUGUCAAGAUUGGCGGGAAGAAAAAAAAUAAAUGCUGUAAAUUAAAAAUUGGGAUUCGGGGGCUUGGGAAAGGGGGGAAAUUAGUGAUUUUGCGUUCCUGAUUUGUUUGUAUUCAUUCUGAACGACAUUUGAUUGCAUGAUGGAUGGUGAGGCCGUAGCAAUAUGAGGAUCAGGAGUCACUAUCAAGCAUCUCAAAAGAAUAAAUAAAGUAGCUAAGCCGUUGUAACUGAA